AAAAAAAAUUUAGAAAUGGCGUCUUGUGAGUUGUCCUUUUCGCACCUUUUAGAGUUGUAAUUAUUUUUCUUCCAAAAACUGUGAAUGAACUUUAAAAACAUUAUAUAUUAGGUGAUCGCGCGUUUUAUAAAAAGAGUGUAUAGAAUUAAUUGAAUUAAAUUUUGAUACUUUAAAAGUGCAAUAAUGUCGGUCUGUGGGCGAGGCGUUAGUUUAACCCGCGAUAAUAUCCCGUUUAUUUUAUCAAACCAAGUGUUUUCCGCCACAUUAUCACAUAAUAUUGCUCUGUGCGCGUUCUAGUGCAAGUGCUUGUAGCAAUUAGUGAAAAUGGACAAGAAAAAUAAGAAGAAAACUGUGAUCAAACGUAAAAGUGAUGAAUCAGCUGAGGGGGAGAAAAGAAAGAUGGUGAACCGCGGUAAAGCUGAGGAGGAGAAGGAUAAGGUUGAGGUGGAGGUGAACCAGGUGGUGGAAGUGCCGGUGGAGCAGGCGCAACAGAUAGUCCACACUGGGCAGCUGGUCGAGGGUAACUUUGAGCAGCCUGUCUUUGUCAACAUGAAAGGGGAGCCGGUACAGCUUGGGCCUAACACGGUGAUUCUGUAUGAACAGAGUGGGAAUCCCUCAAACUUUGCGUUUGGAGGCAUGUGGACCAUGGACUCCUCGGGCAGGAUUGUGAUGGCGGAGACUAUUUAUGACGUCAAGGGAGAGCCGGAGGAGGAGAAUGGCACAUUUGUACAGAACACUACUGAAGUGAAUAAUCAACCUGUGGAUGAAUCCAACAACACGUACCAGCAGUUUGAGCUGAGCAACAACACACAAGUGGACAGCAGCCAGGAGUACGAGGUUGCCAUCAUCGAAAACCCUGGAGAUAAUGAAAGGUCUGAAAUGCAAGUGAUCACCACAGAGGCUCAGUUGGUUGCGGCCGGCCCAGCAGUGGCUCGCUGGCUCAACCAGAAGUAUGAUUUUGUUGUCAGGAAACUUCAACUCAAUUAUGAUGCGGGAGUGAAACUGUUACACUCUCCAUCGGGCAACAUCCAGUGCGUGUACUUCACCACGCCCAGUAUGCAGUUGGCCUUCAACGCUGUGCCACAGUUCCUGUGCAUCGAGACCGGCAUAGAGUUCAACAGCGCCGUGUCAAUGUCGGGCGUGCCGGCGGGCCUGAGCGUCAAGUACCACGUGACACUGUUCCUCGCUGAAGACGGCAAUGGGAAGUCGGUGGUUGUGAGCGCUGGUAUAUCGACGUUGAUCGGUGAAGACUUGACGUGGCUGCUGGAGACGUUCAAGUCGUGCAACCCCGCGUGGCGGCAGGUGCGCUGCGUGGUCUCCGACCCCACCAAGAGCCGCCAGGAGGUGUGCGCGGCGUUCCCCGCGGCGCACGUGUCGUGCUCGGUGUGGCAGGCGGCGCGCGCGGCCGGCCGGCUGGCGGCCGACUGCUCGCGGCGGGAGAGCGACGCGGCGCCCGGCGCCCCGCUGGCGGCGCUGGCGCCCGACGACGUGGCCGCGCGCUGCAAGACCUACGCGCUGGCGCUGCUGCGGGGCGACCACACCGCCGCGCAGCUGCAGGUGCUGAAACGCGGCAUCAUCGGCACGGGCGCCGGCACGCUGCGCCUGUGGGAGGUGCUGAUCCGUGCGGGCGGAGCCGUCUCCAAGCUGGACUCCUGGCUGGAGCCAGACAACUACACCAACAUACUGCACAAGGGUCUGGAGCGGCUGGUGGCGAAGUUCCAGAGUCUGGUGCGCAGCCAGAUGCAGCCGGAUGAGUUCGUGUCGCUGUUCUUCAACGUGGCCAACCAGCUCGAGGAUGAGCGGCGGAGCUUCGCCAUCGGCAGGCUGAGGGACACGGAGACGCUGAAGCAGUCGCCCACGGACACCAUCACGCAGUACGCGUACAACCUGAUGAGCCACCAGACCAAGCUGGCGCAGAAGUGUCUCGACGACCGCGCCGGCAGAAGGCACAGCAGCGCCGCCAUUUGCAAGUACGGCACGUCGACGCAGGAGUGCUCGUGCCUCUUCAGUAAGGUGUUCCGACUGCCGUGUCGGCAUAUACUGAUGCUGACCACCGAACUGAAGGUAAAAACGCACAUCCCAUUCGAGCCGCGCUGGACGGUGCAACACUGCUUGUUCGGCUGCGAGAACUCCACCAACACCGGCUCAGCCAAUAACAAUGGCGGUCAAGGCGGCAACUUCAUGGAGCAAGUGGUGGUGGAGUCGGACGGGCACCGGCAGACCAUACAGCAGCAGCCGCAGCAGAUUCACCAGGUCGGCGGCGUGAGGCAACAACAGUACGUGCUGGCGACGCCGGGUCAGCCCGCCACGCCCGUCUCGCAGGUGAUAUUCUGCGGCGGCGGUGUCGGCGGCGUCGGCGGUGUCGGCGGCGCGGCGCCGGUCAUCACGUCGGUGCUGCCGCCGGGCGGAGCAGUGCUGACCCCCCACCACUCCAUACAGCACUAGCGACCUUCCACUGGAUCUGAGGAGUUAGAACAUUGAAUAAAAUGGAUACAAGAAAAUUCCUCCCCUAGCACUUCCACCGGGUGGGUGUAGUCAACAAGUGGUCAAAUACUACUCACUGUGUUAUUCGGUAACUCAGUUGCUUUCGAUCAAUGAAAGUCACCAAAUUGACAUUUAGCAGUUUACUACAGGAUGGUUCUUAAUGGUUGAUUUGCUGCGCAAAAUGAUUUGGAAUAAUUAAGUCUUGAUAAAAUAUAGAAGGCGCACUUGUGAAAUAAGGUAACUAAAGUCCGGCCGCUCAGAAAUUGUUACUUCUAACUGGCGUACAAGGUGUUUGUCUUUGUAGUAUAAGACAAAAAAACGAGGCAAUAGAGAUGAGGACAGUUUUUUUUAAUCCUAUAUGCUAUAGGAGUAUGCUAAUUGUAAAGCAAUUUUGUAAAAGGAACAGGGUAUCUGCGAUCAUUACUUUCGGAGUUACGGGGAUUUAAAGGGUCAGAUUUGCGGCGCUGCCGCGGAUCCCUGAAAAACGCCCCAUACAAGAUGGCACGAUUUAGUGACGUCGUUGAUUGUAAAGAUCCUUAGAUUUGAAUGGACGUUCAAACAAAAUUGCAAAUAUCAUUGUUUAUUGUGCGUUUAUGUUUAUAGUUAACAUUGAAAAAUGUCACGUUUAAUGUAAGGAAGCUGAAAAUGUAUGAAUUUUCAUCUAAUUACGAUAAAAGAUUAUCUCAUUUUGCAAAUAUCCAGACCAUCUUUGUUUUUUACAUAUUAAUAAAUUAAUAUUGACCUUAUUUACCCGAAUGUCUAAUAUAAAUAUAUUCAAACCUAGUCAUCAUCCCCGUUGAAUAUGUUUGUCCCAUUUAAUCAGAAACGCAAUCUCUGAGCGGUCGGACUUUAAUACUACGUGAAAGUAGGCGUAGUCUCUUCUGUCUAAUUCCAACCGAUGUGAGAGAUUGAUGUGCUUUCAGUUGGUUGGUUUUAAUUAAAACAAUUAUUUCGUAGCGGAAGAUUAAUCAAUAAAAAUCACCCUGUAUAUGUAAAUUAGAAAAGAAUACACCAAGUUGGUGUCAAACAUUGUUUUUGUAUUACAAAAUAAAAUUGUUGUUGGAAAAUUUAUGUUAAUUUGAUUAGUAUUAAUUUAGAUUGUUAAAAUCUAUGAUUAGUAUUAAUUUAAAUCUAUAAAAAUAAUUGUUCUACAAAAAAGGACUAAUUAUUUAACCAAAUAAAUGACAUAGGUCUGACCCUUAAGACAAUCAUUCAAAGUUUGAAUCAAAACAAAGUUGGUCGUGAGUGCGCGCCCUUAUAGGUAUUUGUAAAUAAUGGUAUACUGAAUCUAUUUUAACUAUAUUAUGUUUUAUAUAAUAUAUAUUAGUAAAUAUUUUUAAAGUUGAAGAGAUUUUAUGUAUUUAAGAUUUUUUUUUUAAUAAUAGGACACACUUUUUUAAAAAAAUACCUAAAACGGUAUAUUUUUUAUAUCCUUGAAGAGCACUGUUUUACUGUAUCUUAAAUUGUUUUUUUGUAUAAUAUUUGGGUUUGCGAAAUUUUAUGAAUGUAAAAUAACAACUGAAUGAGUAACGCUAAAAAAAUGUCAUCUGCCAUAAUGGUUUACUAAGAUGAUGCGAUGAGAUGUAAUUUUUUUAGCGUAUUUUUAUUAAACAUAAGCUGUGAUAGUCCAGUGGAUAUGACCUGGAGUGUGUGGGUUCGAAUCCGGUCCGGGCAUGCACCUCCAGCUUUUCAGUUGUGUGCAUUUUAAGAAAUUAAAUAUCACGUGUCUCAAACGGUGAAGGAAAUAAAUCGUGAGAAAACCUGCAUGCCAGAGAAUUUUCUCAAUUCCGUGAAGUCUGCCAAUCCGCAUUUUGAGAGAAGACUCGUGCUCAACAGUGAGCAGAAUGGGUAAAAUAGUCUAUUUUUGAUUAUUUCUUUCGAACAUACAAUUUCUGGACAUCGCAGAAAUAUGACGUCAAUACACUUUUAAAAUAUUUUUUUUAAAUACAUAACGAUUUUAAUGUGGUUUUCAACAUAAACGAUAGAUAAAGCUUGGCUAAUGGAAACAGAGACUAAAUUCGCCCUACAAAAAAAAUGCCAAGGUAUUCUCACACUUAUAGUGCAAAUAUUGGAAUAACCAAGUUUGAUACUUGCAAUAUAAUUAUUUUCAUAUAGUUAGUAAUAUUUUCAUUUCACACAUAUGCGUUUUUUUUAAUAAACAUCAUUAGAAUUUGAUUUUUGCCACGAUAUUUCAGUCUAUAUUUUCAGUAGCCAACCUUUAGAGAAGUUUUAUGUCUGUAUAAAAAAAACACUUGGUUCUGGUUUAAAAGCGAAGUCGCGGGCGUUUGCUAAUAAUUUUAUGAAGGUGCUAUAUGACGCUUAUUAUUUCGAUUUGGGACUGAUUGGGUGUAACUUACAAACUCUUCAACUUUAUAAUAUUAGUUAAAAUGUGCCGCAGCCGUAUGGUAAAACUUGUAAAAAAAAAUGGCGGAUUGCAAUGUGGCUUUUCAAUCCGGCGCGCCAUUUUGUAAUAGAGCGUUGUGAUACGGCUGCGACGCCGACGCGACGUGUAGACGAAUUCGGAGGAAACCUUGCGACAGCAGGUGUAGUGUAUGUAACUUAUUAUUAGAUCUUAAUUAUGUAGCCUAAUGUUUUAUAAAUAUUGUACGUAAUAAAUUUCUUCGAAGUUGUU